AUGAUACUCAAGCGGCAGUGUGCUUCUGGCGUUCCCAGUCUCGGUCUCUCUACAUCAUUUCUUCACAGUGUGGCAAUAGAUUCUUCGGAUGCGAAGCUCGUGCCUAACGAUGACUCGGAAGCUGUUUACCGGAUGAUCAAUGGCUCAAAUGUGCAAGGAGAGUUGAAGGAAUCGUUGAGCUCCAGUGGAAUCCACUUGUCAAAGGACUUAAUCGAUAGGGUUUUAAAAAGAGUGAGGUUCAGUCACGGAAACCCUCUUCAAGCCCUGGAGUUGUAUAGGUACGCUGGUGCUCACUCCUCCUUUUCCCUCGACACGAUGCUCUAUAUCCUCGGUAGAAAUCGAAAGUUCGAUCAGAUCUGGGAUGUUUUGAUUGAAGCUAAGCGAAAGGAUCGGUCUUUGAUUACCCCUAGGACGAUGCAAGUGGUUUUAGGUAGAGUCGCUAAGCUGUGUUCCGUUAGACACACCGUUGAGUCCUUCUGGAAGUUUAAGAGAUUGGUGCCUCAUUUAUUCGACACUAGUGCUUCUUUCAAUGCUCUCUUGAGAACUCUUUGCCAAGAGAAGACUAUGACCGAUGCUAGGAAUGUCUAUCACUCUUUGAAGCAUCAGUUUCACCCCGACUUGCACACUUUUAACAUUCUUUUGUCCGGCUGGAGAUCAUCCGAAGAUGCUGAAGCUUUCUUCCAGGAAAUUACGAAAGAAAAGGGCCUCAAACCUGAUGUCGUUACCUACAACUCCUUGAUUGAUGUGUAUUGCAAGGACAGAGAGAUGGAUAAAGCUUACAAGCUGAUUGAUCAGAUGCGUGAGGAGGAUGUUACUCCUGAUGUUAUAACUUACACUACCAUUAUAGGCGGUUUGGGGUUAAUAGGCCAGCCUGAUAAAGCUCGCCAGGUUUUGAAGGAAAUGAAGGAGUAUGGAUGUUAUCCUGACGUUCCUGCUUAUAACGCUGCUAUAAGAAACUAUUGCAUAGCCAGGAGGCUUGGGGAUGCAGAUAAGUUGGUGGAUGAGAUGGUGAAGAAAGGUUUGUCUCCCAACGCCACUACUUAUAAUCUGUUUUUCCGUGUUCUGUCUCUAUCUAAUGAUUUGGGACGGUCUUGGGAGCUGUAUGUGAGAAUGUUGGGGAAUGGGUGUUUGCCAAACACUCAGUCUUGUAUGUUCUUGAUUAAGAUGUUUAAGAGACACGAGAAAGUGGAUAUGGCGUUGCGGUUGUGGGAAGAUAUGGUGGUUAAAGGUUUUGGUUCUUAUAGUUUGGUUUCGGAUGUGCUUUUGGAUUUGCUUUGUGAUUUGGCUAAGGUAGACGAGGCUGAGAAAUGUUUGCUUGAGAUGGUUGAGAAGGGACAUAGACCGAGUAAUGUCUCUUUUAAAAGGAUCAAGUUGUUGAUGGAGCUAGCAAAUAAGCACGAAGAGCUUAGUAAUUUGAAACAGAAGAUGGUUGUUUUCACUACAGAGAUUCAGUGA